GCCACAUUGCCGGCUCGAAUUGCCAAAAUUUGUUAAAAACUAAAGAAUUUAUAUAAAUAAUAAGAGAAAGAACGAAAAUGGCGCAGAAUGCACCAGCCUGCAAGGACACACAGGAUUUUCAGUUUAAGCUCCAUGACAAAUUCGUGGCGUUCAAAAAAUGUGGGGAGCCGCGCAGCAAUGUUAAAUUGCUGGCGAUCUCCAGCAGCCGUGGCUUGCUCUUCGCCGGAAAUCCUACGCAGCCUGAAUUGAAGGUGAUCAUUCUGAAGGAUCUGGCCAAUGCCAAGACAACGGGCCAACAGCCGCAGGCUCGCCUUGUCCCCCUGCCCAGCGUUCCCAACUACAUCUCGUGCAGUGCAGACGGAAAUCUGUUGGCCAUUAAUCACACCCAGAACGGCACCAGCCUGCUUAGCAUCUAUGCAGUGCCGACGUUUAUGACGCCGGACAUUCGUCCGGUUUAUAGCAUUCGCUUGGCGCCGGAGGACUAUGUGCACGCUGUGCAGCUUCUGUGGAAUCCCGUGCUGCCCAACAGCCUGGCGGUGGUCCUCAGCAACGGCGCCCUGGGAAUGUACGCCUUAAAGGAGGCCGGAAACUUUGAAAUGCAUUCGCUGGACAAGAGCCAGCAGGUGAAAUGUGGCUGCUGGUCGCCGAAAGGAAAGCAGAUCGUUCUGGGCUUUCCCAGCGGCAAGCUGCAGCAGUUCAAACCCGAUCUAACGCCCGCCAAGACGCUGGUGUGCCCCCCAAAUGUCCACGACGCCCCCUUUGAUACCAUUGCCAUCCAGUGGCUGUCGACGUUUCAGUUCGCUGUGGUAUUUCUGCAGCACGGAGAGGACUGCAAUCCAUCCCUGUACAUCCUGAACGCACCGAAGGCGGUUGCCCCCAGCUACAUCAACUACUAUGACAUUUGCUACAGUUUGAAUGGACCUCGCAAUCAUCAGUUCCUAUUCAACCAUGUGCCGCAGUGGAACGUGCUGCUGGUGACCUCGGCCAAUGGCGUUGAGGUGGGCAUUAUGGGCACAACGGAGGCCGGCGAUACUCCGUCUUGGCAGCAGUUCACCCUGCUGGAUGAGGCUAGGAUUGAGCUGCCGCUUAGCGAGUCCACUCAGGAGGAGACCUUCCCGCUGGGCUUCGUCUAUGACACCUCCUCAACGCAUCAGCUGGUCAUAAACGAACAAAAGCUCCAGACGAUGCCAAUGGUGCACGUGUUGGGCUCGGACGGAGCCCUACUGUCCUUUGACUUUUUGAAUCUGUUGCCGGGAGCCGUGUCUGUCUGUUCGCCUCCCCCACCGGUGGCGGACACUUCUGGUCAGUUUCGAGCACUCAACACGCUGCUGCCAGCCAGCGAUGAGGAGCAGGAAGAGCAAGUGCAGCAGCCGACGACGACGACGGAAACGGCAAGUCCGCCGUCCAAAACACCAGUUGUCGGUGCUUCCUCGGACUUCUCCUUCGCUUUCAGUCCAAAUACGGUUACAUCGACGCCGGCUCCGGCCAAGGACAAGCCAUUACCGAUGUUUUCCUUUGCCAGUCCGGCAGCCAAAACAGGUCCUGGCUCGCAGCUAACCUUUGGUGCAGCUCCGGCGCCAGAACCACUCUCCUUUGCUGCCCCGACGGUCACAGCAGCAAAGCCCGGCGCCGCAGGUUUUGGAGGAUUUGGUGCUCCAUCGUCGACUGCUUCAGUCGGUUCCAUGUUUUCCGCUCCUGGCAUGGCCUUGAGUAAAUCCUCUUCAGGUCUAGUAGUGCCACGCCCCGCAGCUCCAGAAGUAACAACAACUGCAGCACCUAGUGCCGGUGCUGGGACUCUCUUAAAUAAGCCACUGUACACUGUUCCGCCGACAUUCACGCCAGUGCCCAGUAAGCCAGUUGCUCCGACAGCAGCAGCUCCUCCUGCUCAGCCAGCAGCAGCAGCGGAUACCCUAAAACUAGACGACACCGAGCCCAUCAUCAGGGAUAUGAUUGCCCUGCAAAUUGAGGGUUUUAAUGCGGAUAUUCAAAAGCAGAAAGAUCGGACUAAGCAGCUGCUAAGCACGAUUGCCACGCCCUCGGCUCUGAAGGUGUACGCCAAGCGUUUGGAUGAUCUACAGGAGUUGAAUGAGCAGGCCAAGGACGUGGAGUUCGAGUUGGAUGUGCAGGGUCUGCGGCAGGGUCUUAACGAGGCCUAUGCCAUCGUGGCAGAGUGCCGUGGCAAGCUGGAGAUCUACAGGAAGCCGGAUAUAACCCGCCUGAUGAACUCGAGCUCAUACGAUCCUGCUGGCCGCCGCAUGCUGGCCCGUCUUCAGAGCUAUGUGGCCGCCAAUGAGGCUCAGCUGGUGCUGGCCCAGCAGCAUAUCGAUGUGCAGUGGGAGCAGUUCCAGGACGUUGUUCGGCGCAACUCUAAAUCGCGCCUGCAUAUGCCUUGCCUGGAGGGCAUUUACCAGCGUCUGACCAAGCUCCAGAAUUUUGCCUCCGAUCAGAGGAUACUGCAGAACAAGAUAAAGGCCAAGCUUAAGGAGCGUGGACUGCUCCAGGUGGCUCUGCUCGACCAGGAGAAGAGUCGUACACGCACCAUGGAAGCCGUGGACACUCUGACCGAAUCUAUUUUAUCCAUGACCCUGAGCCAGGCCGUGGAUUCCAAUGCCAGCAAACUGACACAGGAAAAGUUGGACCAGAUACGUAGGGUGGUUCAAGCGCAGAAAAUCAAUACCAUAUGUCCGCAGCGACCGGAUCGCGUGGGCCUCAAAUCGGAGGUUAUUUUGGAGACGAAGCGCAAGGUGGAGCUGAUCAAGAAGGCAGAGGCCAAGCCAACGACGGCCAACAAGUACACCCAAGCAGCAGCAGCGACUGUCCUUCCAGCCGCGCCUGCACCAGCUCCCGCCGCAGCAGCUCCGCAGCAACUACCAAAACCGAUGCCAUCUAAGCCGACAGUGGUGGACAAGCCCGGCAUCCAUGCCAUCGCUCCCAACCCGAGUGCCACGGCCUUUGCCUUUAGUCAGAGUAGUCCCUUUACCAAGACUUCCACGGUAACAGCGACGACAAAUACUUUGACCGCAGGUGAGGCUCCCAAGCCAGGAACGUCAAUUUUCGGCGGUUUGGGCUCCAGCUUUAGCUUCGGUGGCGGAUCGAAGACAUCGCUCCCCUUCGGUGGCGCCCCAAAACCAACAGCAGCUGCGACGGAUGUGGCUCCAGGGUCUAAAAUUAACCUCCUACCCGGAUUUGGAAAGGCCCCGGAGCCGGCCCCAGAGACUGGCAAGCCAAAGGAGCCAGCUUCUGUUACCGCUGCCCCCGAGCCAGUACAAACUCCAAAGGCGGAGACCACCACCAAGUCCUUUGAUUUUGGUGGUUUUAAGGGAGCUGGCGCUGCCGUGAGCGGCGGUGCUGCCAGUUCCUCAGCUUUUAGCUUCGGUGGUCUUGGAUCUUCGCUGGGCUUUGGUGGAUCUGUUGCCCCAAAACCGGAUGCUUCUCCAGUCACAGUUGUGGCAUCUACGACCUCAACGCCAGCUGCUCCAUUCGGCAUGUUCGCGACGAAGCCAGUUGCUACAGAGACUACAGUGGUCAGCAGUAAGCCAAUUCCGGCUCCAGGAGCCACUGUGUCUUCUCCAGCAUCAACCAGUACUUCGGAUCCCAUUGGAGGCGGCCUCUUUGGCUCUGUUAAUAUUUGCAAGCCAAACACUAAGGAAACGGCAAGCGAUUUCAGCCAGAAGCCAGCUAGUCUCUUUGGUGGCUCAUCUUCUGGCAGUUUCUCCUUUGCCAGUGCAACUACCGACGCCGCAAAGGGACUCUUUGCCAGCAUUACACCCGCAGUGAACACUGCUGGAACAGAGGCAUCCUCUAAAGCUGAACCCAUCACAACAACUGCAGCUGUAAAGACCACUGAUCCAUUGGCUGUGCCAACAACAGCAACGGUUACUUCGACAGCCGCCGCAGUUGCUCCAACAGCCCCCGCAGCAGCUCCAACAGCACCAGCAGCAAGUCCGGCAGCACCACCCGUAGCAUCGGUUCCACAAGCCACAACUGCCUCUGCUACACCUGUGCCGGGAAGCACCUUCUCCUUCUCGAAUGCCUUCAGUAGCCUGAGUGCAGGGUCCACCUCUUCGCCCGCCACAUCCAUAGCAAGCAACGCCCCUACUUCUGUCUUUGGAGGAGGUUUUGGAGUAGCCACAACAGCAGCGGCCGGCAGCCCUUUUCAGGCAGCGGUGACAGCAACAAGCAUCGCUCCUGCUUCCGCGCCCGCAACUGGAACUUCACCCGCCGCACCGACUGGCAACAUCUUCGGCAGUGUACCCAAGCCGGAGGCCAGCGUUUUUGGAGCUACUCCUGCUCCGCCUGCUGCUGUUGCUUCUCUGCCACCAACAGGCCUCUUUGCUUCGGCGGCCAUCAGCAAUCCGGCGCCAUUUGGCAGUCCUCAAACUGGAGCAGCUGCUUCCGGCGGCAACAUCUUUGGCCAGGCCCUAAAGCCAAGUGGCUUUGGCCAAGCGGCGCCCGCCGCCACCGCUGCAUCCGGUGGUGGAGGCUCCAUUUUUGGCGGAGCAGGCAGUUCACCGUUUGGUUCAAGCUCUAUUUUCGGUGGGAGUAAUCCACAAAGUCCGGUGAGUGCACCCGCUCCGGGAGCUGGUACUUCGAUCUUUGGUCAAAGUGUCUUUGGCCAGUCGUCUCAGGCAGCAUCUCCGGCAUCUGGUGGCAAUUUAUUCUCCAAUCCGGUUGGUUCACCGCAGCAGUCGCAACCGUCUGCCUUUGGCGGCGGUGGCGGAGGCUCAAUCUUCGGCUCACCGGCACCCUCGACAGGACCGGCAGCUUCAGGCGGAUCGAUCUUUGGUGGUGGCACCACCACCAGCAGCGGUGGCUUUGGCUCCUUUUCGCAGUCAUCACCAGCCUCGGGAGGCUUUGGAUUUGGCCAAGGCGGUGCCGCUGGCUCAGUGGCCCAGUCGGGCUUUGGAUCGCCGCAAUCGCCGCCGCAGCAGCCGGCGGCUCCAGGUGGAUUUGGAGCCAAGCCUGUGUUUGGCGGAUCGCCAGCUUUCGGAGCAGGUCCCACCUUUGGCGGAGCACCCACAUUUGGCAGUCCCAAGGGCUUCGGUGGCUUUGGCGGUGGCGGCGGCGCCAAUCCUGUAGCCUCGCCACCCGCAUUCGGAGCAGCGCCAAAGCCGACCGAGGGUAAUAUCUUUGAGACACUCGGUGGUCAGGAAUCGGGUCUCUCGUUUGGGAAUCUAGCCCAGACGGGAAACUCGAAUGCCCAGAAGCCGGCCUUUGGAGGAUCCAGCUUCAUGAAUUACCGUUGAUUUGAUGAUUUUGUUGUGUGAAAUUCCUUACAUUUGUUUGUCCAUAAGUUUAUUACUUAAAAUUCAACUAAAAUAUAAAAUUAAAUUAAAUGAUUAAGAAAAA